CACGACUUUAGUUCAAAAUUUUCAGGGAAGUAAAAUCCUCUCUCACGCGCCGCCUCGAUCACCGGAGCAGCCGCGCUAUGUUAAAAUCGCUCGGCGCCCCAUUACCAUUAGCAUUUCUUAACGCCUCCACGCGGCGCUACUUACGCACUCCUUCAUUUCCGUCUCUCCCGAAAGCCGAUCCUUUACGCAGAGCAGCUUCCUCACGCCUCCACGACGCUCGGCAAGGAAGUGCGCAGAUGGAAUCCGAGAGCUUUAUGUUUGGUCCUUACAAAAUCGAUCCCAAGGAAGUGUUCUACACUACUCAGCUUUCCUACGCUUUGGUUAAUCUACGCCCGCUAGUUCCUGGUCAUGUGCUCGUCUGCCCAAGACGCGAUGUCAAGCGUUUCAUUGAUCUUACUGGAGAUGAAACUAGUGAUCUAUGGCUGACAGCUCAGAAAAUUGGUCAUCGGCUCGAAACCUAUCAUAAGGCAACCUCACUCACAUUUGCUAUCCAAGAUGGACCGCAGGCGGGACAAACUGUUCCUCAUGUACACAUACACGUAAUCCCUCGCAAAGGUGGCGACUUCAAGAAAAAUGAUGAGAUUUAUGAUGCUAUUGAUUUGAAGGAGAAGGAGUUGAAGCAGACGCUCGAUCUAGACAUAGAGCGGAAGGACAGAAGCAUGGAAGAGAUGGCUGCAGAAGCUGAUGAAUACCGAAAACUUUUCUUGUAGAAUGACGGUACGGUCAUUCUUGUUGUGCCUGCAUUUUGCCCUCAACUUAAAAGCUUAUUACUAUUCCUUGCUAUUAUUCAGUCAAAAAAUGAUACUAUCUUUAAUCACCAGUAUUCCUUUUUCACUUUGUGGUAGUUGAUGAUGAUGGCAUGGAGAAAUGCUUAUAUACUGUGUUUCUUGAGCAUCAA